AAGCAGCGUCCUGAUUGGCUGGAAGUUGUAAGACAGGUACUUUGACCAACCUGACGUUUCCUUGAAAUGAUAGUCAGGACCGGGACUUCAUGACACCACUACGUGCUCCUUUCUACCGCUCUCUAGAAACAGGAUAAUGGCUGAGCGCCACAGAGACAAGCAGAGUGCAGAGGACACCGUGGAUGCUUUGGCAGAUUUUCCAAAGAGCCCGAAUGCAAAGCCCAAAGGCGGCAGCAGGACUUCCGAAGACAUGGAAUCAGGCUUUGACCCGUACCGCUACAAGAUGGACUAUCCCUCCAUGGGCAUCUGUUUGAUCAUCAACAAUAAGAACUUCCUCCACAGCACAGGCAUGAGUCCUCGCAACGGGACGGAUGUGGAUGCCGCCGACGCUUUCAGGACCUUCUCGAAACUAGGUUAUAAGGUCACUGUGGCCAACGAUCAGACUGUGGACCAGAUGAUACAGCUGCUGGUCAAGGUAUCCAAGCAGGAUCACAGCAACAGCGCGUCGUUUGUGUGUGUGCUGCUGAGUCAUGGGGACGAGGGUGUGAUAUACGGCACCGACGGCUUCGAGAAGUUAGAUGACCUGACAAAGUUCUUCAAAGGAGAUCGCUGCAGGAGUCUGGUGGGGAAACCCAAACUCUUCUUCAUACAGGCGUGCCGGGGGACGGAGCUGGAUGAAGGGUCCCAAAUUGAGGCCGACAGUGUAGGUGGGCAGACGUCGGACAGGAUCCCUGUGGAAGCAGACUUCCUGUACGCCUAUUCCACCGCCCCAGGCUACUACGCUUGGAGAAACACCCAGAAUGGCUCGUGGUUCAUGCAGUCACUGUGUGAGAUGCUGCGGCGUUUCAGCGGCCAGCUGGAGCUGAUGCAGAUCAUGACCCGACUCAACCACAGGGUGGCGCUGCACUUUGAGUCCUCCUCUGACACACCCGGGUACAGCGGCAAGAAGCAGAUCCCAUGUAUCGUGUCCAUGCUGACCAAAGAUUUCUAUUUUCCUAAGAUCUCCGAUUGACUUCUGUUGUUUUUUACCUUUUUUUAAAGUGUUGAAUAGUUCAUGUAGAACACGAUAGCAUUAAUGUUAGUUCUGGGGGGCUUCGAGGAGAACCCAAAUGCAUUGUCAACAUUAGGAUACCGGAGAGCAGAUCAGGUCAUGGUGAUCCUCAAUCAGGGGUUUUAAUGAUUUUUGUCUUCUAAGAAAAUCUAGCCCAGUUUUACCUACAAUGUAUGUUUGAUUAUCGGGUCUUUCAGAAAAAUAUACUUGCGGGUGGUGGGACAGACAGAUUGUAUUUUCAAUCAACCUGCUUCAGUGAUUCCACAUGUACAAGUUUAAGGUUAUGGAUGUGAUUUUAAUAACACAUAUACAUAAUGCUGUAUAUUCAAAGGGUAAACAGAGGCUUCACCACACUUAUGUUUUUGAAUGCAAUAAAUGUACAAAGUGUCAUAAAAUAUCAAACCAGCAGUUUAAAGAGGUAGUGAUGCAUUGCGUAUGUGGCAGUGAUGAAUGUAUGUGACGAAUCUACCUAAAGUAAUCCGAGCAACAGACUGAUAAUUAUCCUAAUGCUGAUAAAUAGCCCUAAUGUGAGUACUGUGGUAGAAUAUCUCGAAUGCUUGUUUCCUUUUUCAGGUGGUCACAAAUCUGCUGUCAGUGUUGUAGGCCUCUGUACUCUGGGUGUUUCUAUACGUCUGACUGGGAUUGAUGAUGGUAUGGAUGAUGGUUCAGCAAUGGUAAAGGGAUAAUUCAACUACAGUUAUUGAAUAAAAACAAAAGUAAAGUUUGUAUCCACUUUGGUGCUAAAA